UGUGGCAGGGCCCUGUUCUGAAAACUUUGCCCAGUCUAAGCAUAUUUUGUCCACUCCAAGACAAUGCAGAGACCCUCAUUCCCUUCCAGCGGUGUCCAAACCCAGGACAGGAGCCUAUGAGGGAAGCAAAACCCAGCUGUGUUGGAGUUGUCUUUCCCAGAGGGGUGUGUUUUACUGCGCUCCGUCUCUGGCCUGCCCUAGGACUUCAGCUGUGACAAGGACUCUGGAAGGAAGCUGCUCACAGCUCUCUGCUCAGACCUAGCCAUGACGAGGAUGUCUACGUGUGUAUACCACUUGUUUGUCUUGAGCUGGUAUAUCUUCCUCAACUUUUAUAUCUCACAAGAAGUACAGGAUCCACGGAAAUCCCAAAUCUUUCUAAAUGGGGGACAAUGGAAGUACCUAACAUUCCUUAAUCUGCUCUUGCAGGCCAUUUUCUUCGGGGUGGCCUGCCUGGAAGAUGUGCUGAAAAGAACCAAAGGGAAAAAAGACAUUAAGUUCGUAACAGCCUUCAGAGACCUGCUUUUCACCACACUGGCUUUUCCGAUAUCCACAUUUGUAUUUCUGUCAUUCUGGAUUCUCUUUCUCUACGACAGAGAACUCGUUUACCCUAAGGCCCUAGAUACCAUCUUUCCAGUGUGGUUGAAUCAUGCAAUGCACACGUUCAUCCUUCUGUUCUCGCUAGUCGAGGUCAUCCUCAGACCACACUGCUACCCGCUGAGGAAGAGAGGACUCACCCUGCUGGCCGCUGCUUGCCUCGCCUAUGUCAGCAGGGUCCUAUGGAUCUACUCUGAGACGGGUACAUGGGUAUAUCCUAUAUUUGCCAAACUCAACCCAGUGGGUCUAGCAGCCUUCUUCUCUCUCAGCUACAUCUUUACCAUCGGCAUCUACCUAUUUGGAGAGAAGCUCAACCACUGGAAAUGGGAGAGCUUCGGAUCCAAAGAGCACGAUGUCACCGUCCCCUCCAUGAAAAAAUGGACUCAGAACCUCCCUCCCCUGAGUGGGGACUUGAGAUUCACAAGCUCUUCAAGGUCAAGAUUUCUUCUUCGACUGAAAUGGGUCCAGAUGACCUUCUGAGCUCCUCCCACCCUCUGCCGUGCCUUCCCUGAAGAGUUCCCACUCCUCUCCCCCAGGUUGCCUCUCAGCCUUCAGUAAAGUGUUCAUCAGGUAAAAUCACACCCUGUACUUGAGAUCAGAAUUCUCGUUGGAGGUUUUAGGCAGUGUGAGUAUUUCAGAGAGCUGAGUUUUCUAAUUAUAGGUAGGCAGAACCACGUUGCUUCUUUAUAGCAAAAAAUAAUCUUAACUGAGUUGGUUUUAAAGUGGAAGAUUUCAUUCUCCUCCCUGCUUCCCCUACUGUGCCCACCCCCAGAAUGUUUUCUUUUGGAAAAGUAACCACGGAAAAGUCAGGUUGUGAAAUAUUUGUGAUUUGUUACCUACCCCAGGAGAAGUGCGGCAACACCGCUCUGAUUUCGUACAUAAGGAAGACAAGAGUCACACACAGUCCCCCACCACACACCCACGAGCCAUUCUGUUCUAUUAAAAUAGAAGUGGCAUCUUCCGCCCAAUCUAUGAACUGGUGUGAAAACAUAAGCCUGUGUAUGCAAAAAAAUGAAAAAGAAAAACCAACAGUUUCAGAAGGUUCAGUACAAGAGUAUGUAUUUCUGGGAGGAGACUGAGACCCUGGAGAAAUAAGCAUACAACUUGGCUUUUUCACAUAUUUUUGACUCUUGGAGAAUUUAACUGGUUAAGAAAGGCUCAAAAGCAACACUCUCCUUGAAAGCAAACACUUUAAAAGAAAAAAAAAUGGAAUACUAAACAUUACUCAAGAAAUCAGGAUUUCAAAUCACAGGAAAUUAUCCAGAAAAAAAAAGAAAAGUGUUGACAUUUCAGAUGUGCUGACUUCUGAUUCUAACUAGUUUUGGCUUCCUGAAGUUCUGGGUAGAUUUUUGAUGCUUUCCCAAAAUCUAUAUUAAAAAAAAAAAAGAAAGAAAGGAAGAAACUAAUCCAUUUAAAACUUGGCAGAAAAUGUGCAGAGAAAAAAGUGAUUACUCAGAGCUUAGAGAACAAUAACUUUUUAAAAUCAAUUGUAUUGAGUUCAAUAGGAUUAAUUUUAAAAUUGACAGUCUACAGUGACUUUUAAACAUUUUAUUGAAUUAAAAAAAACAAGAUUUUCACUGUAUUCAUAUUACUGAAAUUGCUGUUUUCAACACAAAGCCCUUUUAAUAAGCCUCAUUGUUUAAGAACUAUAUCCAGGUUUCCACAAAAGCCCUAGUGAGCAAACGAGCUAGCGUCAACAUGUGGUCGCUCAUUUGCAUCAUGCAUAUGUGAAUGUUCAUGUUAGCGACAGACACUACUGUCAGUGGCUGUGUGUCUCUCUUCUCUCUAGAUUUUUAACUCCUUAAGAAUAGAAUGAGUAUUAUAUAUGAAUUCUAUGUAGCAUUGGAAUAGGAUGUGUUAUAUUCUGAACUGAUCUUAAUUAUAAAUGGUUAAAUAAGAAAUUAAAAGAGAAAUUAGAUCACAUAAAAUUCCAGUGGCAGUGAACACUGGCUUGCAUGUUCAUUCACUCUGUCAUGUCCGACUGUUUGUGACCCUAUGGCCUGGCCCACCAGGCUCCUCUGUCCAUGGGAUUUUCCAGGA